ACGUCAAAUAGACAUAACCUUAAAAUAUUUGUUUAUUAAUCUUAAAUAAAGUCAUGUCUUCGCCAAAUUUGGCUUCGAAGUCGCUAAUUCAAACCGACCUUACUUUCAAAAAGCCUUCAAAUGUACCCAGGAAGCGGACAAAACAAAAAAUUCUGGACGAGGAAACCUACAUUGAGGAGAUGGGCAAGAUCAUCCAGAGGGACUUCUUUCCCGACCUCGAAAAGCUGAAGGCGCAGCACGACUAUCUGGAGGCGAUGCAGAGGAACGACAUUGCCAAAUUGCGGGAGCUGUACGCGAAGUACAGCGGGCAAAGGCCACCGUUGGAGAGAAUACCGAGCCCGGCUACGUUCGAAACACCUGCCAACAUUCACAACUCGCAAACGCCGAGAAGUAUCGCGUGCCCCUCCGAGUCUCGACAGAGCAGCAAAGAGACACGGUUAAGUCUUGAUCAGUUCCUCAGCUCGCACACGUCGCAAGACAAUGAAAGUUUCGAGGAAAUUAUGAUCGAGUCCGAGAAGAAGCACCGCGAGAAGUAUUCCUAUUUGUAUAACGAGGAGGGGAAGAGCAACGACGACCAGCUCAAGAUGCUCACCUUGCCCUCGGUCGAGCAACAGUGCGCCCUGCCCGAGAAGAAACUCAACAUCGACACCUGGAACUACAAGAACAAAAACUACAUCAUGUACAUUCCGGACGGCGUCGAUCUCACGCCUCAGGAGCAGAUCGAAAUGAGUAAACGCCGGCAGGAGGUGACGCACGCGAACACCCGCCUGCAAGUCAAUCCGUUCAACGAGGACCAAAGCAAGGAGACGAUCAAUGAGCUGGCAAAAUCCCAGGCCAAGAUCUUGGACGGGAAGAUUGGCGUCGACGGUAAGGAGCUGAUGCCGCCCGAUGGUCCGAACGUGAACGGGUUUAGCUUCAUGCGCACGCCGUCGCCGAGGCCGGGCGUCGCGGACACGCCGCUGAUGACGUGGGGUGAGAUCGAGGGGACGCCGUUUCGGCUCGAUGGAAGUGAUACACCUCUGCCAAGGACGCCAGGACCGUCGUUUAAAAUGUCGGAGCCGCCUCGUCGCGAACAGAUCGCCCACGCGCUCGCCGAGAAGGUGGGCGAACGUCACCGCGACCAGAAAAAGAAGGCGAUGGACGCGGCGCGACGUCACUUCGCCUCACCCUCGCCUCGGCCGAACACCUCGACGAUCGACCGCCUCGCGACGAUGUCGCCGGCGGCCCGACGGCUUGCGACCUCCAAACUGAAACUGGGCGAUUUUACGUCGACGUAUUCGCCGAGCCCGGCCGAUCGGCGGAACGCGCCCUCUACCCCUCGACGGAUUCUGACGCCCAAACUGAAUUUGGGAAUUAAAAAGGCGCCCAACGAUAAUUUGACCGACGAUUUGUUGAAUAUUAGCGUGCAGAAAAGACAGAAGGCGUCCGAUUAUUUUUAGGUUAUCGUUAGUGUAAAGUGUACAGGCAAAAAUGUAAAUAUUGGAAGUUUUUGUAAAAUUAAAUCUGUUUUUUAUUU